AUGGCAAGAACUCCGCUGGGUCUCGCCUUCGCCGCGGCGGCGGCGCUCGGUUUCGCAGUCGCCAUGCAGGCCGGCGCCGCCGCGCAGGCCCCUGCCCCGGCGCCCACCAGCGACGGGACGUCGGUUGACCAGGGCAUCGCGUACCUGCUGAUGAUCGUGGCGCUGGUGCUCACCUACCUCAUCCACCCUCUGGACGCCUCCUCCCCAUACAAGCUCUUCUGA